AUGGCCACGGACGGAGGCGCGACGCAUAGCGUGGCUCAGCAGAGCGCAUCUUACGUGCCACGCACAGCUUAUUUUUACGACCCCGACAUCGGCUCCUACUACUACGGGUCGGGUCACCCGAUGAAGCCACAGCGCGUGCGCAUGGCGCACUCACUCAUUCUGUCCUACGACUUGUACAAGGAGCUGGACGUAUUUCAGCCCCACUACGCAUCGAUGCUUGAGCUGACGAAGUUCCACAGUCCUGACUACGUGGACUUUCUUGCUUCUGUGUCGGUCGAGAACUACAAGGUCGUCUCUGCGAAGCUGCCGGGCGUCGAAGAGGCCUUCUACUUGUGCUCGCGCGUCAUGACCGUCAGCUUCCACCGCUAUGGCGACUACUUUCCAGGCACCGGCAGCAUCCUGGACGUGGGCGGCAGCGCGGGCAAGUACUACAGCGUGAACGUGCCCCUGAAAGCAGGGAUGACCGACGAGAUGUACGUGUCGCUGUACAAGGACGUAGUGGCGAAGUGCGUAGAGGUUUACCAGCCGCGGGCGAUCGUGCUGCAGUGCGGCGCCGACAGCGUCGCCGGGGACCGACUAGGCUGUUUCAACUUAUCGACCAAGGGGCACGGCGCGUGCGUCGAAUGGACGCGCAGUUUGCAAAUACCGCUGGUGAUUCUAGGCGGAGGCGGCUACACGAUCAAGAACGUCGCGCGCACGUGGCUGUACGAGACAGCUGUUGCACUGGGCAAAGGCGCCGAAAUUAGCGAGGAAAUACCGCGUAACGAGUACUACCAAUAUUACGGGCCGAACUUCCAGCUGCACCUCAGUCCGAAUCCGGAAUUGGCUAACAAAAAUUCAGAGCACUACUGCAACUGCAUCCGCGAAAAAAUUUUCCAGCACUUCGUACAGACGUUCGGCUGUUCGCACAACGUAGCGGACGGCGAAACUAUGCAGGGCGUGCUGAAAGCGCACGGCUUCAGCGUGGUGUCCGAGUUGGCAGACGGCGACGUGGUUGUCGUAAACUCGUGCACGGUGAAGAACCCGAGCGAGUCUUCGGCUCUGAAUCUCGCGACGACGUGUCGCGCAGGCGGCAAAUUCGUCGUGCUGGCGGGCUGUGUAGUGCAGGCGGACGUGCACAACCGUGCGCUCGCCGGCUUCAGCUGCAUCGGCGUACAGCAGUUAGGUCAGAUCGGCGAAGCCGUGCUGGAGACGAUGAAGGGCACGGUGUAUCGGUGUGUCGCGCAGCGGCCGAACGCUUCGACGCUCACGCUGCCGCACCUGCGCCGCAACGCGCUAGUGGAGAUCAUUCCGAUUUCCUCUGGCUGUUUGGGCAACUGCACGUACUGCAAAACGCGCUUUGCGCGCGCGCAGCUGCGCAGCUUUCACCCGGCAGAAAUCGUGCAGCGCGUAAAGUCUGCCGUGGCCGACGGCGUGCAGCAGAUCUGGCUGACGAGCGAAGACACGGGCGCAUGGGGAUUGGACAUCGGCCUGAACCUGGCGCACCUGCUCUACGAAAUUGACGACGCGCUGGUCGCGACGGAACCGCUCACGGAGAAGUGCGUGAUGGUGCGCAUCGGCAUGACGAACCCGCCGUACAUUCUGGACCAGCUGCCCGAAAUUUGCGACGUGCUCAACCGUAAGCAUUGGUUUAAGUGGAUUCACAUUCCGGUGCAGUCGGGCAGCAACGCAGUGCUUGCGGCGAUGAACCGCGAGUACACGCGCGAAGAAUUCCUGCGCUGCUGCACAGCGCUCCGCGAGAACGUGCGCGGCAUCGUGGUCGCGACGGACUUCAUCUGCGGGUUCCCCGGCGAAACGGACGCGCAACAUGCGGAGUCGCUGUCACUGCUGGAAAACCUGCGGCUGCCCGUUGUGAACAUCUCGCAGUUCUACCCGCGGCCGGGCACCAUCGCGGCAGCCAUGAAGCGCGUACCGACGCCCACCGUGAAGCUGCGCAGCCGCGAGAUGACGAAAGCGUUCGCCUCGUACGAAACGUUUGACCCUCAUUGA